GUUGGUAAUUUGGGUUGAUUAUUACUCCUUUAUAUUUCAAUUUUGUCUAAGUGAAAUUGGUAACAAAAUGUAUUCACUAAUUUUUCUAACUUUAAUUUUGAGUUUUGUGAUAAAACUAACCAUUUGUAAUGAAAGGCCAGUAAUUGGAAUACUAACACAAGAAGUUUAUUGGUCAGGUUUUAGAAAAUCAGUACCAUUAAAUAGCUCGUAUAUAGCUGCAUCUUAUGUUAAAUCAAUUGAAGCUUCUGGAGGACGAGUUGUACCAGUUUUCACCAACAGAACUACUAAAUAUUACAUAGACAUGGUGAGAAAAGUUAAUGGAAUUUUGGUCCCCGGAGGAGGAUGUGCAUUUAAUAUUAGUUCUGGAAUAGGUCGAUCGACAAAUGAAAUUUUUCAGAUUGCAAAAAUCGUAAACAAAUUAAAUGAUCAUUUUCCUAUUCUUGGAAUUUGUUUAGGAUUUGAACUUCUAUUAAUGGCAUCUAUUAAAGGGAAAUUUCCUUUUUCAAAAUGUAAAGCUCAAAAUAUGAAUUUACCUUUAACACUGGUACCAGAAAUGGAAGAAAAAAGUGUGUUAUUUAGAAACAUGCCGAAAGAUAUUCAAAAUAUAUUACUUACAAAACCAGUCACAGCAAACCAUCAUAUUAAAUGUAUGAGGAAAACAAACUUUACGUCAAUGGACUUAGAUAAAUUUUGGAAUCCUAUAACAGUAAAUGAAGAUAAAGAUAAUUUGACAUUCAUAUCCAUAAUAGAAGCAAAAAAUUAUCCGUUUGUGGGGUUACAAUUUCAUCCAGAAAAAAAUGCCUAUGAAUGGGAAAAAGAUGACCCUCAUAGUUGGUCAGCAAUUUAUUCAGCACGCUAUUUUUUUGAUUGGUUUAUUAAUGAAUGUCGUAAAAACAAGCAUAGAUAUAUCAAAAAAAGUACUUUAAAAAAUGAAUUAAUUUAUAACUACCCUACAACAUAUGUGGGAAAAAUGCAUUCUGUUUUUGAGCAAGUUUACUUUUUUAAUGAAUAAAAGUAUUAUUUGUUUGGUCUAAAUAUCAAAACUCAUAUUAGUACUAUAAUUUUAAAUAAUAUUGUGUACAAUAUGUUAU